CGGAAGCGGUAGGGCGCUGUGUGUCGCAGGGCCCUGCACGCGCACUGCUCCCCCGGCCGCGCGCCGCUCCCGCGCCGCUCCCGCGCCGCUCCCGCCAUGUCGCGCGGCUCCAGCGCCGGGUUCGACCGGCACAUCACCAUCUUCUCGCCCGAGGGCCGCCUCUACCAAGUCGAAUAUGCAUUUAAGGCCAUAAACCAAGGUGGACUUACAUCUGUAGCUGUUCGUGGGAAGGAUUCUGCAGUAAUUGUAACACAGAAGAAAGUACCUGACAAGUUACUGGAUUCCAACACAGUGACUCAUUUAUUCAAAAUCACUGAAAAUAUUGGCUGUGUCAUGACAGGAAUGACAGCUGACAGCAGAUCCCAGGUGCAGAGAGCCCGCUAUGAGGCUGCUAACUGGAAGUACAAGUAUGGCUAUGACAUCCCUGUGGAUAUGCUGUGUAAAAGGAUUGCAGAUAUUUCUCAGGUCUAUACGCAAAAUGCUGAAAUGAGGCCCCUUGGUUGCUGUAUGAUUUUGAUUGGUAUUGAUGAAGAACACGGCCCUCAGGUAUACAAGUGUGAUCCAGCAGGUUACUAUUGUGGAUUCAAGGCCACAGCUGCAGGAGUUAAACAGACAGAGUCAACCAGUUUUCUUGAAAAGAAAGUAAAGAAGAAAUUUGACUGGACAUAUGAACAGACAGUAGAGACAGCAAUAACAUGCCUAUCUACUGUACUGUCCAUUGAUUUCAAGCCUUCAGAAAUAGAAGUUGGUGUAGUCACGGUGGAAAAUCCUAAAUUCAGGAUCCUUACAGAAGCAGAGAUUGAUGUGCACCUUGUAGCUCUGGCAGAGAGAGACUAAUUAGCAUUCCCAUUUCCAUUGUCUGUGCUUCUGGCCAGGAUGUUUGGUGAAAAGAAAACACUUACUGAUGGCUUUAGAUUAUGGGUGGGAAACAAUGUUCGCUAUAUGAUGUAUUUUACUCUGUACAAAUAAAACAGAGGUUUUUGAAA